CUGCCUUAUAUACUGUGUAUGAUCUUUGUGUGCGUCUGCGGCGAGUCUUCUUCAUCGUCCACCCAGUGUGUCGUUACUCCUCUUUCUUCUUAAGAUUGUGGAACCCAGAAAGCACCAAGAUGUCUGAGAAAAAAAUGACCUCCAGCCGCAGGCACCACCUGAAGAGUUUGAUCCUGUCAAUCGCGGCUAACUGGAUCGAGGAGGAGAAGAAGGAGGCCAUCGCAGCCAAGGAGAACCACAUGGCUGAGAACUGCCCCGCCCCCGACCUCUCUGGAGACCAGGCCGCCCUCAUGGAAACGUGCAAGAAGCUGGCGGCCAUCCUUGACCGACUGGAUGAGGAGAGGUACGACGCUGAGGCAAAAGUGGGCAAGGCCGACAAAGAGAUCGAGGAUCUGAAGAUCAAGGUUGUUGACCUGGUGGGCGUGAAGAAGCCAGCCCUGAAGAAGGUGCGCAUGUCUGCUGACUCCAUGCUGGCGGCCCUGCUGGGCUCCAAACACAAGGUCACCAUGGACCUGAGGUCCAGCCUCAAGCAGGUCAAGAAGGAGGUCAAGGAGGAGUCGGCGGAGGCUGGAGAUUGGCGUAAGAACAUUGAGGACAAGGCUGACAGGAAGAAGAUGUUUGAGACAUCCUAAGCAUCCUGACCGUGUGUCUAUGUGCCGUCCGUCCGUCUCUGUAAACUGCUGGUCUUAUCCGUUGGUGGAACCAGGUGGUUGGUCAACAAGUGUGUGUUUGGGGUUCUUGGAUGUGUCAUAUUGGAGAAAGUGGUGAAGGUUCUCGAUGGGGUUGGUGUCACGUGGUCAGGUGGUUUUCACGUCAGGUCUGAAGGUCUUUGGUUCCUCACACACCAGCGUGCCUCACAGCCUCUGCUUCAGGCGCUCGGGCACCUCCACUUUGUUCAAGAGAUAUCGAAUAAAAGAGGAAAAACCAUCAAGUUGUCCCACUGUUUUGUGUUU